CCCGCGGUAGCUCGGCUCUAAUCAAAAGGUAGUGAUAGGAGAUCAUAUUGUUUUUGAUCAUGCAUGUGAUCGAUUAUUGUUUAACUUGUUCUGAUCGGCUUAUUUACUUUAUAUUUUGUUUGUUCGGUUCGAAUUGGCGAGCUAUGUGGCGACGGAGCUCUCCUCGACAAGGCCGUCUCUGUCCUCGUCAGCGACGGAGCUCUCCUCGACGGCACCGUCUCUGUCCUCGACGGUGAUGAAGCUGUCUCUCGGUGGUGACAGAGCUCUCUCACUUUUCCUUCUCCUCAAAUCAAAGAGUGCGUGGCUCGAAGGUACAAGAAGAAAGAACCGCGAACGAGAGGAGUGCAAAGCAGAGCAAUACAGACUAGAGCAUUGAGUCACGGAGGGUGAGUGAAGAGAAGACAAGAGAGUUCGUCACGGACACUCAUGUCACGGAGCGUGAGUGAAGAAAAGACAAGAGAGAUAGUGAGUCACGGACACUCAUGUCAAGUUGUAUCACAUUUUGUCUUGUAUUAUUUUAACAUAACUCAUGUCACGGACACAAGUUUUCAAAGGGUGUAUAAAUGAAACUUUAUAAACACAAGUUCUCAAGUUCUUCCUUCACAAGUUUUCAAACUUCUUCUAUCUCUUUUAUAAACACUUAAUCACUUUCUUCCUUCACAAGUUCUUCUAAAUCUCUCACUUUAUAAACACUUCAACACUUAAUCAAUUUCUUCCUUCACGUUAAACUCUUAAUCACUCUCUAUAUAAACUCUUUUUAAUCACGUUAAUGGCUUCUUCUUCUUCUCACAACACUUUCGAUGACGCUUUUGAUGAUACAUUUGAUGAUACAUUUGAUGAGCUAUUUGAUCAACAUUUUGAUCAAGCAUUUGAGGAUUUUACCAUUCAAGCAAAUCAAGAAGAACGAAGAAAAAAAAGAAAAAAACGAGCUUAUAUUGAAAGACAUCGUGAAGAAGGGCAUAAUCGUUUAUGGAACGAUUAUUUCAGUCAAACUCCAACGUAUCCUCCUUUAUUAUUCCGACGACGUUUUAGAAUGAACAAGCCAUUGUUCAUGAAUAUUGUGGAUCGACUCUCCAACGAAGUUCAAUAUUUUCGGGAAACAAAAGAUGGUCUCGGAAGGAACAGUCUCUCUCCACUUCAAAAGUGUACCGCCGCCAUUCGUGUCUUGGCAUAUGGUUCUGCAGCUGAUACCGUCGACGAAUACCUCCGGCUCGGUGAAACAACAACUCGGUUAUGUGUAGAAAAUUUUGUGGAAGGAAUAAUAAAUUUGUUCGGCGAAGAAUACCUAAGAAAACCAACACCAGCUGAUCUUCAACGUCUACUUGAUAUUGGAGAGUAUCGUGGCUUUCCCGGAAUGAUAGGAAGCAUCGAUUGUAUGCAUUGGGAGUGGAAGAAUUGUCCCACCGCUUGGAAAGGGCAAUAUGCUCGUGGUUCGGGUAAACCAACAAUCGUUUUAGAGGCGGUUGCUUCAUAUGAUCUCUGGAUAUGGCAUGCGUUUUUUGGACCUCCAGGUACAUUAAAUGAUAUCAAUGUUCUUGAUCGUUCACCAGUUUUUGAUGACAUAAUAAAUGGUCAAGCUCCGAAAGUCACUUUCUCUGUCAACGGACAUCAGUAUAAUAUGGCUUACUAUCUCACCGAUGGUAUUUAUCCGAAAUGGUCAACUUUUAUCCAAUCUAUUCGUAUACCACAAGGGCCGCAAGCAGUUUUAUUUGCUCAGCAUCAAAAAGCUGCCCGAAAAGAUGUAGAGCGGGCUUUUGGAGUCUUACAAGCUCGCUUUGGCAUUGUUAAAAAUCCAGCGAGGAGUUGGGAUAAAGUCAAAAUUGGGAAGAUUAUGAGAGCAUGUAUCAUACUCCAUAAUAUGAUCGUCGAAAACGAAAGAGACGGUUACACUCAAUUUGAUGUUCGAGGGUUCCAACAAGGAGAAGACCAAGGAAGUUCACAUGUUGAUCUCACGUAUUCUACAGAUAUCCCUUCAAAUAUCGCAAAUAUGAUGGGUGUUCGAACAAGAAUUCGUGAUACACAAAAGCAUCAACAACUGAAAGAUGAUUUGGUUGAACACAUAUGGCGUAGAUUUGGAGGUGGUGAAGACAACAAUUGAUCUCUGAUGCUUAUUUCAAAUAAUUCUCGUUCAUUUUAAUAAUCUUUGUUUUCAUGUUUUUAAUUUAAAAUCUAUGUUUAAUAUGUUGUCUUUUAUUUACUAAUAAAUAUAAGUUUUUAAAUAAAUAUUCAAUAUUGUUUUAUUUUCAAGAACUCUAAAGCAAGAGACUUGCAAUGCAGACAUUAAAAUCUCAAGGUUCUUGACAAAGUCUCUUUAACAUCUUUAUGCCUUAAAUAUUAUUAAUUUUAUCUCAAGAGACCCUUAAUGAGGUUGUGGGAUAAGGAUGCUCUAAAUAAAUGACUCUAAAAGUGGUGAUGCAGAUAAUUUACAUCAUUUUAUUAUUAAUUGAUGCUAAAAUAUCAAAUAUUUACAUCACUUAUUCUAAAUAACAUCCAUAUAUAUCAAUUACAAAAAACUGAUGCUAACAUUUAUAUCGGUUACUUAAAUGAUUUUAA